AUGGCCGAACGGCACGCUGCUGCGCCCCACGCCGCGGUGCGCGGCGGCGAUGCUGGCGGCCUCGCUGCUGGCGAUGCCAGCCGCGCCACUGGCACGUCGGUCGCCACUGUCACCACGUCUCUCGCCGUGGUGGAGCUCUGCGACGAGGACGUGGCAAUGCGCUGCUCUGCUCAAAGCGAUGCUGGCUCUGCUGCCGACCCUGAGUGGGAGGCAGUGCUGGCGCAGCUGCUAGCAGAGGAAGCAGAGGAAGAGGAGCUCUGCUGCCGCUUCGAGCGCCGUGGCGACGACUCCGACGACGGGGUGUGGCUGGGAAGGUGGACGAGUCGCUCGAGCGUCGGGACGAGCGGGCUUGCGCCACUGGUGGAGGAUUCAGGCUUCAACAUUCAACAAACAGGAAUCGAGGGUGAUUUUGGUCAAAAACGGGGUGAUUUUGGUCAAAAUAUCUGA